AUGUCCGACUCUGUACUCAUCCCUCUAUCGGACGCUCGCUUCGACCCUGUCGAUUACCUCAACGAUAUUCUACCAUCGGUCAAUCUGUCCUCGCAAGCGUCCAACUCAAAAACAUCUCGAACAACCCAGUUGCAAUCCGCAUCCUCCGAGCUCCAGUCACUGUUGUCCAAGCUCAACACUCACAACGUUCGGUCAUCCUCCGAACUGACCUCUCUUACGGAUGAAAUCCUGCGCAGCGGUAAUCGUCUGGCGUACGAGGUGGAGAUCUUGAGAGGGGACGUGAACAGCUUCUACGACAUCUUGACGGACAAUCUUAAGGAAGACAUUCAACAUUUUUUGCGCAAUGGGAUCACGACCGAUGCUGCUGGGCACGGCGAGAAUGGUACACAAGUCGCAAACGCCAGCACUGUGAGCGACCCGGCCUUUAUUUCACAGCUACAGAGGCUCAGUCAAGUGAAAGCAAGGCUCGAGGCCGUUAUUACGUUAUUUGGGGAGGCCAUGAAGUGGCCUGUCCCCCCUUCCGACCUCUCAUCGGCGAAUGCUUUAAUCUCGGUUUCUGCGCCAGAGCUGGGCAUGCAGACGACGGAAGAAGACGACAAAGCGAGGGAAGCUACUAAAAAGAUUCGAGUGGAGAUACAAGAUUUGCUCGAGUCUGAUGGUGGUGGACCCGCGGGACUUCAGGCCGCAACCCAGAGAGUAGAGGAAUACAGACAAUUGGGUGCAAUCUGGAAAGGAACCAGCGAAGAGAAGGCAAGAAUUCGAUUUCUGGAAAGUCUCAGCAAGUUGGUCGAGGAUCGCAGAAGGAACCUUGAGGCCAGAGGCAUGAGCCAGCGGUCAAGAACUGGCAGUCCCCAUGGAUCGUCUUCACAGCAAAGCAGACCGGCCAAACAAGAUGGAGGUGGGCUGUUUCGGAACUUGGCUCGACUCAAGGAUGAUCUCUAUCUCGAAUAG